AUUCGGCUUUUCUCGACUCAGUCUCAGCUAAGCGUUUGCAGCCGUCGUUGGAGUCUUCGCUGCCGCUGCCCCCUCGCGGAUCAGCCAGCGUCUCCCGCCCGCCCGCCGCCCCGGUGCCACUGGGAGGAAGGGAGAGGGAGGCUUCCUGUGGGUUUGUAGUUGCUGCUCGCCAUCCGUUCCCCAGCCUGGGAGAGCCAAGCCCCGGCCUAGUCGGUCGCCUGCCACUCUUGUAGCCGUUACCCGCGGGCCGCCACAGCCGCCGACCGGGAGAGGCGCGCGCCAUGGCCUCUGGAGCCGAUUCAAAGGGUGAUGACUUAUCAACAGCCAUUCUCAAACAGAAGAACCGUCCCAAUCGGUUAAUUGUUGAUGAAGCCAUCAAUGAGGACAACAGUGUGGUCUCCUUGUCUCAGCCCAAGAUGGAUGAACUGCAGUUGUUCCGAGGUGACACAGUGUUGCUGAAAGGAAAGAAGAGGCGGGAAGCUGUGUGCAUUGUGCUUUCUGAUGACACAUGUUCUGAUGAGAAGAUUCGAAUGAAUAGAGUUGUUCGGAAUAACCUUCGUGUACGCCUAGGGGAUGUCAUCAGCAUCCAGCCAUGCCCUGAUGUGAAGUACGGCAAACGUAUCCAUGUGCUACCCAUCGAUGACACGGUGGAAGGCAUCACUGGCAAUCUCUUUGAGGUAUACCUUAAGCCGUACUUCCUGGAAGCUUAUCGACCCAUCCGGAAAGGAGACAUUUUCCUUGUCCGCGGUGGGAUGCGUGCUGUGGAGUUCAAAGUAGUGGAGACAGAUCCCAGCCCUUAUUGCAUUGUUGCUCCAGACACAGUGAUCCACUGUGAAGGAGAGCCUAUCAAACGAGAGGAUGAGGAAGAGUCCUUGAAUGAAGUAGGCUAUGAUGACAUUGGUGGCUGCAGGAAGCAGCUAGCUCAGAUAAAGGAGAUGGUGGAGCUUCCCCUGAGACAUCCUGCACUCUUUAAGGCAAUUGGUGUGAAGCCUCCUCGGGGAAUCCUCCUCUAUGGACCUCCUGGGACUGGGAAGACCCUCAUUGCCCGAGCCGUGGCAAAUGAGACUGGAGCCUUUUUCUUCUUGAUCAAUGGUCCUGAGAUCAUGAGCAAGUUGGCUGGUGAGUCUGAGAGCAACCUUCGUAAAGCCUUUGAGGAGGCUGAAAAGAAUGCUCCCGCUAUCAUCUUUAUUGAUGAGCUGGAUGCCAUUGCUCCCAAAAGAGAGAAAACUCAUGGGGAGGUGGAGCGGCGUAUUGUAUCACAGUUGUUGACCCUUAUGGAUGGCCUAAAGCAGAGAGCACAUGUAAUAGUUAUGGCAGCAACAAACAGACCCAACAGCAUUGACCCAGCCCUACGGCGAUUUGGUCGCUUUGACAGGGAGGUAGAUAUUGGAAUCCCUGAUGCUACAGGACGCUUGGAAAUUCUUCAGAUCCAUACCAAGAACAUGAAGCUGGCAGAUGAUGUGGACCUGGAACAGGUAGCCAAUGAGACUCAUGGACAUGUGGGUGCUGACUUAGCAGCCCUGUGUUCAGAGGCUGCCCUGCAGGCCAUCCGCAAGAAGAUGGAUCUUAUUGACCUAGAGGAUGAGACCAUUGAUGCUGAGGUCAUGAACUCCCUUGCUGUGACUAUGGAUGACUUCCGGUGGGCCUUGAGUCAGAGCAACCCAUCAGCUCUGCGGGAAACUGUUGUAGAAGUGCCACAAGUAACCUGGGAAGACAUUGGGGGCCUGGAGGAUGUCAAACGUGAACUUCAGGAGCUAGUCCAGUAUCCUGUAGAACACCCAGACAAAUUUCUCAAGUUUGGUAUGACACCCUCCAAGGGAGUUCUAUUCUAUGGACCUCCAGGCUGUGGGAAAACCUUGCUGGCUAAAGCCAUUGCUAAUGAAUGCCAGGCCAACUUCAUCUCCAUCAAGGGUCCCGAGCUGCUCACUAUGUGGUUUGGAGAAUCUGAGGCCAAUGUCAGGGAAAUCUUUGACAAGGCACGCCAAGCUGCCCCCUGUGUGCUUUUCUUUGAUGAGCUGGAUUCAAUUGCCAAAGCUCGUGGUGGUAACAUUGGAGAUGGUGGUGGGGCUGCUGACCGAGUAAUCAACCAGAUCCUGACAGAAAUGGAUGGCAUGUCUACAAAAAAGAAUGUUUUCAUCAUUGGCGCUACCAACCGGCCUGACAUUAUUGAUCCUGCCAUCCUAAGACCUGGCCGCCUUGAUCAGCUUAUUUACAUCCCACUACCUGAUGAGAAGUCCCGUGUUGCCAUCCUCAAGGCCAAUCUGCGCAAGUCCCCAGUUGCCAAGGAUGUGGAUUUGGAGUUCCUGGCAAAGAUGACUAAUGGCUUCUCUGGAGCUGACCUGACAGAGAUUUGCCAACGUGCUUGUAAGCUGGCCAUUCGUGAAUCCAUCGAGAGUGAGAUUAGGCGAGAGCGGGAGAGGCAGACAAACCCAUCUGCCAUGGAAGUAGAAGAAGAUGAUCCAGUGCCAGAGAUCCGCAGAGAUCACUUUGAGGAAGCCAUGCGCUUUGCCCGCCGUUCUGUCAGUGACAAUGACAUUCGGAAGUAUGAAAUGUUUGCUCAGACCCUUCAGCAGAGUCGAGGUUUUGGCAGUUUCAGAUUCCCUUCAGGGAACCAGGGUGGAGCUGGCCCUAGUCAGGGCAGUGGAGGUGGCACAGGUGGCAGUGUGUACACGGAAGAUAAUGAUGAUGACCUGUACGGCUAAGUGAUGGUGGCCAGCGUGCGGCGAGCUGGCCUGGUUGGACCUUGUUCCCUGGGGGUGGGGGCGCUUGCCCAGGAGGGACCAGGGGUGCCCCCCACGGCCUGCUCCAUUUCUCAGUCUGAACAGUUGAGCUACCAAUCAGACUCUGGACAGGGGAUUUCUGUUGCAAAAAAUACAAAAGUGAUAAAAUAAAAGUGAUUUUCUUUUGGGAGGUGGAGAGUGAAUUACCAACAGGAAAUUGGGCCUUUGGGCCUACGCCAUUUCUAUUGUAGUUUGGGGCAGUGCAGGGGACCUGUGUGGGGUGUGAACCAAGUCAUUACCACUGACUCCUACAGUAAAGCAUCUGCACAUCACUCAAUGCUGCCCAAGCCCUCCCUUCCUGUAGCCAACCUGGGUAGGUGGGUGAGGGGCUACAGUUGCUGGGUGUUUAUAUAGAGAGUAGGUUGAUUUAUUUUACAUGCUUUUGAGUUAUUGUUGGAAAACUAAUCACAAGCAGUUUCUAAACCAAAAAUUGACAUGUUGUAAAAGGACAAUAAACGUUGGGUCAAAAUGGA